AUGGCUACCCAGAGCAUCGCUCGCCCCACGGCGAACCAUUUCGGCAAAGAAUCGGCCGGCGGUGCGACGAGGACCGGCGUCACCUCGAACGCCUCGGCCGCCACCGUCAUGCCCGCUGAUGAUGCCAGUGCAGCUCCUGCGAUCGCCCAAUGGGACCUAUUCAACCCUGCGCUGAAACGUCAGGACUCGGAACAGUCACGGAUGCAGUCCGAAGAAGAGAUCCUGAGGCGCAUUCCGCCGUUCCCGUACGCGGAUCUGCUCGACAAGCAGCACUUUGGCGACUGGCGCGACGAGCUGCGCGACCACGGCUUCGCCGUCGUCAAGGAGGCGAUCCCGCGCGAGAAGGCGUUGCAAUACCGCGAACGAGCAUUCGACUGGCUCGCCGGACAUGGCUAUGGCUUCAAAAAGGACGACCCGGCCACGCAUACGCAGAAACAUUUGCCCAUGCACUUCAAAGGCGGCAGUGAGUUCUCGGACCAGCCCGAGCGGCGCGGCGGAUUGUCCACUGGUCGCGGUGGACGGGACAGGAGUGCCUGAAUUGCCCGUGUACGAGACAGGAGUGCCUAAAUUGCCCACCCGCCUUCUCAUCUCCUUUGCAGUGUACCAUGGUGGCGCCUACUCGAUGGGUCAACAGCAAUGGGUUUGGGACAUUCGGUACGUUCGAAGAUGUCUCCUUAAAGGAUUGUUCGGCUCAAAGGUCUCUCCUCCUCCAGAUGCGAACCCGGUGUUGUCGGAGCAUUCGCGAAUUUGUGGGGAACCGAUGAGCUUGUUUGCAGCUUUGAUGGUUUGUCCGGAACCUGGAUUUUUACUUUUGUCAUCGCUCGUCGAGCUAACUCGCUCUCGGGAAAUCAUGUCUACGCAUUCGGUCGUCUCCUUUCUUAGGCGGAUCGCUAAUGAUGCCUGGCCAAGGACCCAAGAAGGGCGAGCCAGGAUCGGCGUGGCAACACAUCGACCAGCACCCCCUUCGCAAAGGUUUCUUCGUCGCGCAAGGCAUUGUUAACCUCAACGAGAACGGCCCCGACGACGGUGGCUUGCUCGUGAUGAAGGGCUCCAACAAGUUGAUGAAGCAGUUUUUCGACCUUCACGGGCGACCACCCUUGCCCGAUGGCACUCGGAUCGACAGCCACACCUUUAGCGACGAGGAAAAGCAGUGGUUCAUUGAUCAAGGGUCAGUCCUCCCCUAAAGUUGACGACAUGUGAGCACCAAGCUGACCUUCGGUGAUUUGGCCCUGCUCAGUUGCGAGUGGCUCAAGGUAUGCGCGGGUCCCGGUGAUCUCAUCCUUUGGGACUCUUCGACGAUGCACCAGAACGAGCCCCCAAGUGGUACUCGCGAUCGUAUGGUCACGUGUAAGUCUCAUGGGAUCGGUGAGGCGGUGGCCUCCUGAGCACGUUCAAACCAAUACUGACACCGAUAUAUGCGUUAUUCCAUUGUAGACGUCUGCAUGGGCCCUGCUUCGCUCGUCUCCGAACAGGACAAGAAAGUUCGUGACCUGGCCUUCCAAAAGGGUGACGGGACCUCGCACGCCCCUUUCCACGGCGCCGACUCGGUUUCUCGGUCCGAAGGUCGCAUUCGUCCCGAAACGGGCAAACCGGACCCUCUCUUCACCCAAAGCUUGGAUCCGGUCAAGCCCACGCCCCAAGUGCUCAAAUUGGCCGGUGUCGUUCCUUACUGA